CAGGAUCUUUUGGGUUUUCAGAUCUUGAUCUUAAGUCACCCCAUGGACAUGUUGCUUGUUUGUUGUAUGCAGUGUUUUUCAGGUGAAAAAUCCCUCUGCAGCUACAGGGAGGCAAAAGUCUUCCCCCCACUCCCCUCUCAGGCCACAGGAACUCUUGGUUGGGGGAUGAGAAGGAAUGCAAACGGGUUGAAACAUGGAACCUGAAUUUUGUAUUAGCUGAAUGUCAUCAGGCUGCAUGCUAAUGGAUUUGACUCAUGUUGCUUCUAGAGAAGCAAACGUGAUGCUUGUCCAUUCAGGAGUUGCCAUUGGCUCACUGGCAGUAUGGCCCAUAAUGGCUUUUCCUUCUCCCUUGUUCUGAGUGUCUUUAGUCUUGCUUGUGUAUUGCUUGUUCUUUCCUGAAUCUCCUGCUGGAUGAGGAGUUGGGAGAACUACCUGGACGUAAAUGUGCAAGCUGGUGUCAUGGAGAGGAACUUGGGCCCUUGAAUAUCCUUGGAGUACGAGAGAGGAGAUGCAAAGCUUCUACUCCUCAGUGCAUAAUGUAAAAAGUGACUGUCAUUGCAUUCCAGGACAAUUGCUGUUGAAGUUGACGUUCCACCAAACAAAAUGUUAAAAUAUCACCUGAGUUCAGAACAUUCUGGGAACUAAUCAGACCACUUCUGUCUUAUGUUUUCCCUCCCUUCAAAAGGAGGGAGUUAUAUCUGCUGGAGGUAUCUCCACUACUGAUGAUUAUGCUUCAUGCUGCAGCAUACAUAGGAGAGAGUCUCUUCUCUCCAUAACCCUUCCCUUUGGUCCCCUGUUACCUUUUGUGUUGCAGAGUAUAUGGAAAGUGAUUUCUCCCCCUCUUCCUGUAUCCCUGAUCAGACUCUCCUUAUUUUUCUUGAAUGACUCUGUCUGGAGCUUAUACUGGGCUACAUUUUUUAGAAUAUAUGCCUGCAUAGCAUGUGUCAAGGGGCCAGUGGCCUCACUGGUUCUUAAAUCUUUUAAAAAUAGGAGGCAUUUGUAUGCACAGAGCUUUAGUGCUUUCCUCCCUGAGUGGAACUUUCAGACAGGAUCAUUUAAGCAUGUGAAAUUCACUUUGAAUGUGGAGGUACAGUUAGCACUCUUAAGUAGAUAAGAGAUUGUGCAUGUUUUUAGUGGUUUUGCAAUGCUCUGCUCUCACUUACUUAUAAAUCAAGUAGCUGAGAGACAGAUUGUGAGCAUAUAAGGCAGUGUUUUAUUUUUAAUUCUGCAUUAAAAUGUUAAAUAGUCAUAACAUACACAAAACAAAAAAUGAAUGACUCAGUCUAAAUCAUGAUUGACAAAUGCAGUUAUAUGUUGCUGUACGUGUCUGAUCCCCUAAUACCUACUUAUUCUUGGGGAGAGAUCCAAAUUGGAUUUAGAUUUCGCAGCCCAAGCAAACUGUCAGAUCUGCCCGUGUAAAUCCCUCUCAAAACCUUUUUUUGGUGUGUGUGUGUGUGUGUGUGUGUGUGUGGGGUACAUUUUAGAACAGGGAAAUCCUUUUUACCUUGCUAAAGGUGUACAGAGGUCACUUUGGAUUACAGGACGAGCUGUGAGGGUUUUAUGGAGAGAGUAUUCUUGUUUUUAUAUAGUCAUUGGGUUAUUUUAUUUUCUACAGCACUUGGCUCAAUGGUGCUUAAGAUGUAGUAUAGGAAGUCUCGGCACUGGAGAGCCGGUAAUCUAGAGCAUAUAAAGAGAAGGUAAACCCAAAGAAAGGUAGCUUGACUGUCUAGUACUUGUGAGCACGCUGAAGGGAAAGCAGGGGUUCUCCUGUCAACCUGCUGAUCAAUUUUAAGUUUGGAAUCCUUGUAACGAACUUGCAGGCUCUUUCACUGACAGGCAAUAUCUUCCAUAACUUGGCUCGGUUUAAAUCUAUUCAACAGGCUCAUUCAGACUGCUAAGCAGUUCAGACUUUCAUAAGAAAGGUGUUUGGGCUGUUAGGGUAUCAGUAGUCUUUGUCUCGCUCUUGGGAAGGGGGUUUCCAGACUUCACAUAAUUUUUCUCUAAGGACAGGGAAAGAUAAUUUAUCAGAUUUUUCUAUUGAGGUCAGUAGCACUGUUCAUCUGAUUAAGCCCUUACUUAGGCUGUAAGCUCCUAGGAGGUCUUCCUUGCCUUUAAAGGUUUAACAUACCUGGGGCACUACUGAGGAGUAACUAUAUCAGGCCUUGUGUUUGUAAGUCAUACUUCCUGCCAUGGAAACUUCCUGGAAGUGCCAGGAGACUCAAAUGUUCUCAACUGCCCUAUCUUUCCUAUUUCUAGUUUAGAAUCCAUUUACAGGUCAGCCAGGCUCUGGACCAAAUUUGAUUCUCCUGAGUGUCUGACAAGCUAGAUGAGUCACGUGUCAUAUCCCGUCUUGUUAUUCCGGGGGCAUUUAUCUAAAUUCUUCUUCCGACUUCAGUAGGUUGAUUCAGAUUUAAAUAUCUGUAGCAUUCCUGUGAACUGGACACAUUGUUUUUUUUCUUUUUGUCUAAGGCAGGUUCUCUUUCCUUUCUCACCCUUAGCUAUGCAGCUUAUUUAACAUUCCCAUUUCUUGUCCUGCUCUCAUUUAGAUGAGUGGUACUUAUAUAAUGCAAUAAAGAGGAAGAGAUGAAGGACAUCUGGAAGUAAAUAUCAGUAAAAUAAGUAAGAUUUUUUGCAUGAUAAAUACUAUUUUGAAGGCUGCAGGAGAACGUCUAAGUCUGAGAACUGGAGUUAACGUCCUUUAUGGGAACCACUAGGGUGGAAUCGAUUGUACCAGUGGAAUUUUUUAUGAGUAGUGUGAUCUCCAGCUGGGGAUAAUGUAAGUCACUUUAUAUGCAUGUACAUACCUGUACGAGUCAUCUUCAUAGAAAAGUAGCUGCGUGCAUGCUGGGAUUCCUGCAAGCAACUUUUUUGUGGAAAAUAGCAUCUAUAAUAGACAUGAUGCUUUCAUUUGGUCUUUAAGUCAAGUGGUAACAUGGAGAAAAAGGAAACUCAGUGUAACCACUGAAAGCAGAGACGACUACAGUUUGGAGGAAGCAAACUCAUUGCAGCUUGCCAUUGUUCUGCUUGUGUUUGGGGUGGGAGGGGGCUAUGUUUGGAUACAAUACUCCAGAUGUGAUCUCAAGAUUAUUGAAUAGAAGGAAUUAAUAACUUUCCUUGACUUGCUUGCUGUGCUUCUGCUAAAGUAGUCCAGUAUGUAGUUAUUGCUGCAAAGGUAGUCAGCUCACUCUUAUUCCACUCCUUGCCCACUAGGACCCCCCAGGUUUUUUUGCAGGUAUAUUUCUUAUCAACGUGGUCUUCAGCCUGUGUCUUACACAGGGUUAGUCUGUCCCAGGUGCAAGAAUCUGCAUCUACCUUUGUUGAACUUCAUGAGGUUUCUGUCAGCUCAUUCCUCCAGCCUGUCAAGAUCCCUUUGAAUGGUUCUGCUACCCUCUGGCAUAUCAGCUGCUGCUCCCCCCGCUCCAUAUGCCAUCAUUUGUGAUCUUGGUGAGAGUAUGUUCUGUCCACUUGUCUAGGUUGUUAACGAAGACAUUGAACAGUAUUAAUUCAGUAUUGACCGCUGAGGCAUGCCUGUCAAAGCUGGCCACCAACUAGAUUUCAAACCCUUGAUUGGACGCAGAAACUACAAAGUCCGUCAGGUUUACAGCAUAACAGUCUAUAGCUUCCCACUUUGACUGCAAGGCUACUGUGGGAAACUGCCAAAAACCGUACUGAAAUCAAGGUAAAUGCCAUCCACUGCCCUCCAUAGAAUGUGUCGUAUCAUUGUUGAAGGCAGACAGGUUCACAGGCAUGGUUUCCUGUUGAUAACUCUGUGCUGGCUGUUGCCAGUCACCUUCUUGUCCUUCAGAUUUCUGGUAAUGGCUUCCAGGAGAACUUGCUCCAUAAUGAAGAUGUACUGAGGUAAGACUGACUAGUCUGUCAUUCCCCAGAUCCUCCUUCUUGCCUUUUGAGAAGAUAUGAUUUUUUUUUUUUCCUCUUCUGUGCCAUGACUGCUCAAAUGAUAGAGAUCAAUCUCAUAAUGGCAUCCUUUUGUGAACAGGGCUUCAUUUAUAUACAGCAAAAAGGUGGAUGUCCAGUGGAAGAGAAAACAGAUGAGAGGAGCAUGUUUAGUAGUUGUUCUCUGCACAUUUCCUUUAGUUCCUAUGGGCUCUAGUGAAGCUUAGGGUCCAGUUUGAUAGGCACUGGAGAGGUGCAAAUAGAAAGAACAUAGUUUCUGGCCUGAAGGAUUUGUGAUUUUAAGAUAAGGUGCAUUAAAGAGUGAAGAAAGCAGGAAAACAGUAGUUGGAGGGAAACUCUUGAGAAGCUGGGAUUAAUGCUACUGAAUGAUAGAUUAGCUUCAUGAUUGUGGUAUGCAAAGAUGUGUCUUGCCAGCAUUUCUGAAUAGUGACAUUGAGAUGGUUAGUGCUGUCCUUCAAGCUGUAGAAGCUCAUGCUGUUCCUUUCUGGACAUGGCGGACAGCUGCUCUGAGGGUGAAAAGGGAAAUUGGUGGCACGGCAGCAAAAAAGGGUGACCAUGUGCCUUUAUAUUUUGACUCCCUUUCCACUGAAGAAUGAUGAUGCUACAAAAAAUAAUGUAUGUGCAUGGCAACCAAAAAGGAAUUGUGUAAAGUGGAAAACUUCGAUGUCUUGAGGAACGGUUACCCUAGCCAGAGAACACUUCAGUGAAGCAAUAAUGAAGGAUGCUACCAGUAAUUUAUUUAGAAAAUACAUUAUAAUAGACAAAAUAUGUUAUAGGAGACUAUCAAAGGUACAGGACAGAUUCCUUCUAUUUUUACUGUGCUACUGCAUUACUCUAUCUUUGUCCUUUGCAUUCUAGUCCAGUUUAUCUGCUUGGUGUUGGAGACAUCCUGUUCUUAUAACACAAAGUAUGGAAAAAAACUUUACAGUGAUGCUUCUUAGGGCAUAAAGCGUAAGGUGGCUCUAGAUAAUCUUGACUUGCCUCCUGUAUAGUAUAGACCAUUAACUUUUACACAACACAAGGAUAGAACUCAGCAUAGAGAGAGAACAUAGUGUCUUAAUUACACCAAAGCAUCUCAUUCUUUAAAAUACUACGCUGUGCCGUAGGCAAGUUCAGGGAGACUAAACAGUCACUGGUGCUUGGAUACCCAUGCAUUGCUGGCCCUCAAUCAGGUGACACAUGGACUCAUGUUGCAGAGACAGAGGGAAGCUUCAACAUCCUUCUCAGCUUGAUCACAAAUAAAAUUCCUUCCCAACUGUAAAAACUUUCUUUUAGUGUGGCUCCAGUCAGUUCAGAGAGUUGUGUAAUCUUGCAUAUUAGAAAGAGAAUCCUUGUACCAACUCAAAGCAUGGGUCAAAGUGGAAAGUAGAGACUAGUACAGCUUGUUAUGUCACCUCCCCACAUUAAAAAAAAAAAAUAUAUAUAUAUAUAUAAAAGCCAAGAAGCCAAGUCAGAAGAAAUAUUGGCCCCUGUAAGUGUGACCCAGAAUAUUCAUUGUCUUAAAGCAGAACUGCCAGUAUUAUGAGGAUGGUCAGGGUUUUGCAAAGCUGUCCUGUUUUCCCUGUAACCGCUGAAGGAAUGUGAUGAACAGCAUAAGAAAGGCGGCACUGGGUCAGAUCGAAGGUCUUUCUAGCGCAGUAUUGUGUCUCUGACAGACGCCAGCAUUGGAUGCCCAUGGAGUACUGUAAGAAAAAGGUAGUUGUAUGGAUAUGCUUCUCUACUGCGUUCUCUUAGCCCUGGUGUCCUGUGACUCAAAAAAGAUUUCUUUUCUAAUCCUAGUUUUUAAGUCUAAUCCUAGUUUUUAAAACUUCAGACAAGAAUUAGCUCAUCUUCCUUGGUAAUCUGUUUUGUUACAAGAUUAUCCUUUUUUAGAAAAUUACAUCUUCUCUCAGACUAGAUUUCGCCUAAAAUCACCAUCUAGGCAUUGUUUCUUGCUUUGCUUUUUUCCAGUAAGGUUGAAAAGUCCUGUUCUUCCUUUUCAAUUAGGCUUCUUUUUCCUGUAUAACUACCUGUACACAGUCAGCAAGUCCUGUGUAAUACAGUAACCCAUAUAAACCAUUUUGCAUAAGCUUCACAUUAUAAAGUUUGUCAUUCAACCUUUAGUUAUGUUACUGCAUGAAAGUCCCCGGUAUCCCACAUUCAUCUGCAUUUAUUUCUAGUGUCUGCACUUAACAGUAUUUACAGAAGCAAGAAUAAUUCCCUAUUGCUGUUUGAUCUUCACAUAUUCAUACAUAUAAAUAUCAUGUUAGCCCUUGCUGCCCUAACACUGCUAAACAGUGUUGUAGACGUUGUGUUCAUACAGUUGACUCAGAAUCUAAAGUUCCUAUCACUGCUUUUCAAUGCACAGAUUCCUAGAGUAUAAUCUUCAUUCUUUAUCCCAAAAUGCAUUGUGUUUCCUUUGGCUGUAUUACAGUGCAAUUUUGUACUGACAGUUCUUACAAUUCCGAUCACUUCAGAGUCCCGUCUGUUUAGUUUUGUUAGGAGGGAAUCAGAGAUAGUUUGCUUGUGUGGUAGGUAGUUCUUUAUGGGAGUGAAAAUACUAGGUAAUAAAGGGUCUCUAGUCUAGAGCAGAUGAGCAUAAAUGACCUGGAAGCUAAAGUCAAAUAAAUUCAAGUUAGAAAUAGGACAUGAGUUUUUAACAGUGAGGACUGAUUAACUGUUGGAACAAAGUAUUGUGGGAAGUGGUAGCUUCUGUGCAUCUUCAGAUCUUCAGACUUUGAUUUGAAGACAUCAGUGCCUUUCUGGAAGAACUGCUAUAGCCAAAUAUGAGCUAUUGAAAUAAACAGAGACAUCUAAAAGAUAUUGAAUGGUCAGUUUUAUGGUGAAGGUCAGUCUAUACAAAAUGAUAGUUGCUUCAGGUUUAGAACUGCAGAGCAAAAAGCAGGCCGUUUUGCCCCUCUGUUAAGGAGGAGGUCUGUUGCAAAAUCCUGUUGACAAACAGGAAAAAAAUCAUGAUGGUAGAAGUUCAGUGGUGUUACCAAAAAGUUUGUCAUGAAAUUUGCAUGAGAAGGUGAGCCGAGAAAGAAUUUACCUGGGCAAACUGAAAAUAGAGCAGCACUUCUGCACACCUGAUUAAUUCUGAGUAGUGUAAUGAUAUUUGGUUGUGCAAUCUUGAGACAAACCAUGAUCACUCACUUGAAGGUCCUUCUUGGUGAGGAUUCCCCCUUUCUUACUGUGCUGGCUGUUAGCGACCACGUGCACGUCUUAUCAUGUGCACGCUCAGCUUGAGCAGCUGUCUUGGUUCCUUCAUUCAGGCAUAUGGACUGCCUGCACAUUGUGCUGGAAUUGGAACAGGCAGGGGAGAGGAUCUGUGGGUUUAUUACCUGGACAAGACUCUUGUCAAAAAAGUAUGCAACAUCUGUCUCUUGCUCACCAUGGUAAUUGUUUCUGCUUCUCUCUCUCAUGACAUAAAGGCCUCUCUGUAGAGGUGCCCCCAUUGUGGCCUGUAGCCUCUGUUGUGACACAGAAGGAGCAGAUGGUAGGUUCCUCCCUGUGGAAGAGCUCUACUGCACUCAUCUGAGAGGAGAUGAUGCGACUGCAGAGAGUGCUCUUCUCCUGGCAGUAUGCUCUCUAAUAUUAGAGAGCAGUGACCUUGGAGAGUUCAGCUUUAAAAUGCAUCAAACUGAAUCUCUUUGUUUCAAAAUAAAUGUAAAAUUUCAGUGAUGGAACAGUGCCACAUUUGAGCUGUUGCUUCAGAUCCUAAGUCCUGGACAUUGACGUCUAGUGCUAGCAUUUGUUUUCGUUGCCUAGAAUGGUGUAUGUGAGCCCUCACUGCUGGAAGCUUUUCUAAGAGUGCUGUGAACUGAGACUGAUUUGGGCUGACCUGAUCCCCUGGGCACCGCUGAAGUCUUGGAAUUACGUUUGGCAACAGCAGCCAGUUAGCAACCAUUAGUUUCAUUUUAGGUUUUCCUUCUUCUGUCCCAGGCAGCUUAUCUAGAGAUAGCUGAUGAACAAGUCUACUCUCCAAAAAUUUUGAAGAGCUGCACUUUACAUGUCACAAAUAUUUUAUGUGGUCAUAAGACAUAACUGUUCUGUAAGGCUUAGAUUCUGGAUUUUUAGGACUAUUUUUGGGUAACAUGUAAAUAAGGAAGAUUCUUGCUUGUAUUCCUUUGUCUUAAACAUGACAUGUAUUCUCUGAAUGAGGCUCUUGCGGAAUCUUUGUUCUAAAUAUAUAAACUGGAAAUAAAAGCAAUAUGUGAAAUAAAUGUUUUGUAUGAUGCAAAGCAAACUGAACAGAGUGAGAGAGGGGAAGGCACAGUGACAUUCAACUGGAUUUAUGGUAUUGGGACAUCCAUAAGGCACAUGCUUCCUUGACUGUUUCCUUAAAUUGUAACCUAAAGGUCUGUAGGGAGUUACUAUGCUUUUCUGCCUUUGAACGCAAACUCCAGAGUGAGGGGUUUGAGGUGGCUUAUCCUGUCUAUUCUGUAUUUUUGCAGUGACCUUAUUUGUUUCCCAGUUUGUCAGAACUUCACCUCUUGACUAUUGUGAUGUUCUCUGUUUGGAAUUUGAAACAGUUCCAGAGUUUCGCAAGUAACCUUUCAUGUCUGAGUAACCUUUCGUCCAAGUCACCGCUUUGGGUCUGCUCAGUUUCAAAAGGGACUUCAUUUAAGCAAGCAGGUCAGUCUCCGUUGACGUUUUAAGUUAUCUACUCAUUUUACCAGCACUAACAUCCCUUUAAGAUUGGAUGGCACCAUUUUAACCAUGGAAGUGGUGGCUUCAAAGAUCAAAUGGGCAGUGGACUUGGACUUUUCUCUUGUGUUUAUCUGUGUUUUGAUAGUAAUGCACACUUGUAAAAGGAACAAAACAGAACUCCCUCUGCAUUAACUGUUCCCAAGGAUAAACUGUACAAAACUAGAUUCCAAGUUGAUCCAGCACUUUUAAGUAAAAAGAUCAAGAUCCUUUGGAAAUUGCUUCAAGUUCUCAAUAUCUUUUUUUUUUUCCAAUUUUUAAUAGUAUUUUUUUUUUUCCUCUCAUCUGCAAGCUUUAUCUCUGAGAAGUGGGAAGUGUUCCUCGUGUGCUGAUUUUCAUUGGGAGCAAGGAGGAAAGAGUUCUUAAUGACAGAUUCUCUCAUGGGCAUUGCCCAUACUAUGGGCAGCAGUCAAAAAAAAAUACUGGCAGACAUCUACAAAUCAUUGUGAGCUAGUUUGGUCUUCCACCUACCUACAUUUGUUUCUGAACGAUGAAGCAUUUCAUUUGCCGCUUGGAGGCAUUUCUUUAAAGCAGCUGAAUGGCUCUUGUUCUCAUAUCCUUAGUUCUCAGUUCAGGUUGAAUAGCUGGUGGCAAAUCCAGUGGCAAGGCUGACUGUAGGGUCCUAACAAAAUGGUGGCUUUUAUGUACUUCUGAUGUUUUCCAGACUAUGCUUGCUUCCAGCUUAGAGGAUCAGCUGCAACCACAAGUGAAUACAAGUAGAUUUGCUACCUAUAAGGGAGGAUUUCACACAUCUAAAUACAUGGUAUUUCAAAUCCAGUGGUACAAGAUUGCUCCUGAAAUCAAGUAAUUUUCCAGUAAGGGCAAAUACUAGAUAAUACUUUCUUAAAUGAAAAGUAGUACAGCAUUUCAAAAUGUUAAAUUACAUUCUUUUCAUUCACUCCUAGUGGAGAGCAACAGGGAGAUAUCUAAAGAUGAGAACAGGAGCAGAUCUUUGUAAGGAGCUGCUACCAUUAGGAAGAUGAAACACAUGGAUUUUUGAAAAAUGAGUGUUUAAAAUUGCAUCGUAUUAAUGGAAAAGCUCUAGUCAGAGGAAUCUUAUUUUGAGAAGUGUCAUAGCUUCUUCCUCCCGACAUAUCUGCUUCAACAGCAGUAAUGAACCAGUGGUUCUGCUAAAUUGAUGCUAGCACUGGCACCAAUGUUUUUCAAGUAGUUUUGACAACAGCUACCUGAAGGGUUCUCAGCAUUGCCCUAGGACUUCUUCUCAUUCUGCUUCACCAUGUGCUUUGCAAGUGUUUGAACUCAUCCCACCCUGCUCUGAGGAGCCAUGCAGUCCCCUUCUGACAAAGCCAGAACCGAAGAUGCUUCUAAUGCUGAAUUUUGUAUGGAAUUUAUGAACUUUCUGGACUUCAAAGGAAUUGAAAGUAGAAGAGCAGCCAAAAUGUCUAGUAUCAGAGAGGAUCUGCUGUGAAAAGCUUGUCUACUGCAACUCAGGAACGAGCAAUAGGGACUGAGUGGCUCACUGGAUCGUGUGGUGACCUCUGACCUCUGAGGCUCCAAGCUCUGAACACCAAGAUGAAAUCUCAUUCUGAUAGUAGGAAGAGUCCUGUUGCAGGACCUCUGAAGGUAGCUGACUUUUUAGCAAGUUCUCAGAUGCGCACAACUGAUCUGGCUUCAGCAGUCCAUGAUGGUGUAUUCUCCUUGGUAUGCAGACAAACUCCUGCAAGAGAGGCUCCUCCAGGACUUCUACAAGCAUUGGCCCCUGAGUGGCCAAGAAGGAGCAUCAGUCUCAUUCCUCUUGAGAUAUAUCUGUCGGCAUUGUGAUUAAUGAUCCACAGGCAGCUCAAGCACAGCAAUUGUAACCGAAGCUGCAAAGUUCCUCUGGAUGUUGAGAGCUUUUUGCAGCUACUUCCUUCUUGCAAGAAGUCUGGAGAGAUAAUUCCCUCUUUGGCAGGGCAGGGACAUGGGAGAUAAGGAUAAGAGAGCGAAAGAGGUGGCCACUAGGAGUGCCUCUUUUGUUCUGCAGCUGGCCCCAGAGCAAGAAGGCAGGUUUCAGCCCGGUGUCAGAUACUGCUUUGUUUUGUCAGCUCACCUGUCAGUGCAGCGGCCUCAGGUUGGGACUCGGAGUACUGUGUCCUAGUCACAAAGAGAGGCAGAGACGCAGAGGGGACUGUCGGCUGGUGCAGGCGGAACCAAAAGAUAUUUAAUCAGCAAUUAGAAACACCUGAGGGCGAGGGAAAUUCUACUCCAGCCUCAAGCUUCAUCUCUCAGCCCGCAGCAUGCUGCUCGGCAGGAUGGCCACGGAGGAGCGGCACCUGUCCUCCAGCUGUGGGUCCUUCAUCAAGACUGAACCUUCCAGCCCGUCUUCCGGCAUUGAUGCCAUCAGCCACCACAGCCCAAGAUUGGGCGGGGGGCCCUGCCGUAAGCGUUAUGAUGACUGCGCCAGUGCCAUCAUGGAGGACUCGCCCACCAAGUGCGAGUACAUGCUCAAUGCAAUCCCCAAGCGGCUGUGCCUGGUGUGUGGGGACAUUGCAUCUGGUUACCACUACGGCGUGGCUUCCUGUGAGGCGUGCAAAGCCUUCUUCAAGAGGACUAUUCAAGGGAAUAUUGAAUACAGCUGUCCGGCUACCAAUGAAUGUGAGAUCACGAAACGGAGGCGCAAAUCCUGUCAGGCCUGCCGCUUCAUGAAAUGCCUCAAAGUGGGGAUGCUGAAAGAAGGUGUUCGUCUGGAUCGAGUCCGUGGAGGCCGUCAGAAAUACAAGAGGAGAUUGGAUUCUGAGAGUAGCACUUACCUGAGCUUACAGAUCCCUCCACCAGCUAAAAAGCCACUGACUAAGAUCGUCUCCCACUUGCUGGUGGCAGAGCCAGAGAAGAUUUAUGCCAUGCCUGAUCCAACCAUGCCGGAGAGUGACAUCAAAGCCCUAACAACCCUCUGCGACCUGGCAGACAGGGAACUGGUGGUGAUCAUUGGCUGGGCAAAGCACAUCCCAGGGUUCUCCAAUCUCUCCCUUGGGGACCAGAUGAGCCUCCUGCAGAGCGCCUGGAUGGAAAUCCUCAUCUUGGGCAUUGUGUACCGUUCCCUGCCCUAUGAGGACAAGCUGGUCUAUGCUGAGGACUACAUUAUGGAUGAAGAGCACUCUCGCCUGACAGGGCUCCUAGAGCUCUACCUGGCCAUCCUGCAACUGGUGCGCCGCUACAAGAAGCUCAAGGUGGAAAAGGAGGAGUUUGUCACACUCAAGGCCCUGGCCCUCGCCAACUCAGACUCCAUGCACAUAGAGGACAUGGAUGCAGUGCAGAAACUCCAGGACCUUCUCCAUGAAGCCCUGCAGGACUACGAGCUGAGUCAGCGCAAUGAGGAGCCCCGGCGAGCAGGCAAGCUGCUCCUGACCUUGCCCCUCCUGCGGCAGACGGCUGCCAAAGCUGUGCAGCAUUUCUACAGCAUCAAACUGCAGGGCAAGGUUCCCAUGCAUAAACUCUUCCUAGAAAUGCUAGAGGCAAAGGUCUGACAGCCCCAGUGCCAGCCGACAGCGGCCGGAGAACAAACUAGAAACAAAGAUGCAGACAAUGGAGCAAUCCAAACAGCAGCAGCAGCAGCCGCCGCCGGCUUUUAUCUCCAAUCAUUUAUUAUGGAAGAAUUAUUUAAUGUCUAUCUGUCGGCGUGACUGCAGAAUCUCAUGUACAGGAGGGGGGAAAACUCUUUUAAUCAGUCACCUGUUUCUCUUUUUUUUUGUUUGUUUUCUCUGUGGGAAAUACCAGAAUAUGCUCUUGCACUUGUGGAGGCAGUCAUCAGGGUUCAGCCCCUCUGAGCAGUGAUGUUUUCAGUGCUAUCCAAGGCUGCCUGUUCCCCAGCUCCCUCCGCCAGCGCUGGAGGGGGAGUGGGGACUGAAGCAGGAGAAGAGGAAGAAUAGAGUAAAUAUACACUUUAUCUGCUGGUGUUGUGAGGGGUCAGAUAGAAAGGGAAGCAGCCAUGGUCCUUUUUUUGUCACCUUCCUCUCUCUAACCAUAGGGCAGGUGCUCCUUGAAAGAGGAGCUCUACAGGACCUCUCCCAAUCAAAACGGCUGCCUCCCAGGCUCCUCUAGCGUCAGCUAACACUUGUACAUACAAGCCCCGCUUCUUACCAGGAAAGAUGCUCCUAACUGUGUAAGAUAUUAUGCGACUUUGUACAGCGUGUCAUUACAUCUAACUACUCCCCUCCCAUGUACAGCCCCCACAGGCCCCUGAAGAGGUAGGAUGUAUGUCCCUGAGAGAGUGCAAGUCUCCUUUCCGAGAUGGCCAGAGAAAGAGAAAAGAGCCUGAUGUUAUCCUUCAGUGCUGGGUUGACUUGAUAAUUGCUGCAUCCUCUCCUAUGUGGUGCUAACUACAGUUCUUCCACACUUUUCAUCGCGUUGUGUAUCAAACCUGCCUCUUCAGCUCAGCUGAGUGCCAUUCCCCACUCACCUUGUUCCUUGUGGCAGAGAACACAAGGUUUUUGUCUGCACUGUCACUGCCCAAAUAUAAAUAUACCCCCAACCAGGGCUUUUCUAGACUCUGUUAACGUGAUUGUUCUUUGCUGCCAUAGAGACAUAGGGUUAUGGCCAAAUGCUAGUUAGGAAUCAGGGGAAUUACUUUUUGGAGGGGGGAGGGCAGCUUCUGAACCUGAGAGCUCGCUCUUCUUGGCAGCCUAGGGACAGAAACUUAGAGGGUAGUGUGGCACCUCCCCAGUCCAGUAUCCCGUCUACCACCUUCCCCUGCCGCAUCCCAUUAUCCUCAACAGCAGCAGCAAGUGAGCUAGCAUAGACUAGCCCUGGGCCUGGUAAGAGUCCCUCUCUCUCUCUGAAAGAAAACUGUACGCCUGACUUCGAGGUGGGAUGUGAGGGAAUAGAGGUAAGGGAAUGUUUAUUUAUGCGUCUCACAUAAUCAGGUUCCUGCUGUGUCCAAGCCCUGCUUUAGAUAUGCUGUCUAAGCCAGAAGUGCUGCAUUCCCCAUAGCCAGCAGGGAACUUGGGUGACUGACAAAAAAUGGCUGCUGGCAUUCAAUGAUUUUAUUUUCUAGGUCACACAAUUCUGAGCCAGCCUAAGCUGAUGAAACCUGAAUGUAUUGUCAGUUUUGUCGUCAGUGUCAUGGCAGGAGAGGGGAACGAGAGGCUCUGAUCACACUUGAGAUGCAAUACACUACUGGCUCUGUUCUCCCCUUCCCCACCAACUUCCAUCCCUUCCUGGCCAGCCGAGGAGAAAGGUGGUGUGGCAGAUGAGUAACGCGCCAGGCAGGAAGCCUUCCAAACCAGUGUUGAAGUGUGUGAUCAGGGAGACGCUGGGUGCUUAUUUUCUACCAGAGCAGAAUGUGUCACACAGCAGGGCUGUUGGUGCUACAGAACAAAACCUAUGCUAACUGAGAGGCUGGGCAAGCUGAUGCUUAGCUCUUGGCUGUUGUAGCCAGCCCAGUCUGGUACUUGAGCUAGUUCAGUUCAGUCUCCUCCAAGUUAUCCUUACACUACAUAGACAUAGCUAUUCUCACCCAUUUUUUUGUACUUACUUGAUAAAAGAAUUCAGUCUUGCUUCAGGCACUUAGAAAACCAACAGAGACCAAAGGGCCAGCAGGCACAUGGGAACUGCGACUGUUCCCGUGCUUGUAGCAAGCGCAACCACGCAGAAGCCUUGUGUUUUGAACAGGUACUUGUGCUUCUUCCCCAGUUCUAUCCAGAGGCAGCUGAGGAGAAAGUGAGAGGCUUUUGGUUGUGCUCACAAUGUAUCCAUCUGUGACUGAAAGGGGCCAAAGAACAAUGCAAGCCAGCACUGUAGAGACAGCUUGCCAUGUGCGGCAACCUGGCGAGUCUUUCUGGCUGUGGCGCAAAUACUUUCAUAAACAUGCUGGACUGUGCUAUGGCAUGUAAGUUGGCCUCACUGCACCACUGUUGUGCCCCUACUGAGUCUCACUUAGCCCAGACCUAGCACAUUGUGCCCUGUCCUGCUUCAUUGCUGUGCAAAGAUAGCUAGCAGUUGCAAACUGGACUGAAAAGACCUUGAGAAGCCAUUCUCAUUACUGUUGGGCCCUGGCAGGAAAGUUCAUCGUCGUUUAGAGAAAAAAAAAAACAAAAAGAGACUCUUCCAGCCAAGCAGGGCUUGGGCCUGCUUUCUAGAACAGAAAGGCAAACAUGCUGCAAAAAAAUGAUUAUGAAGGCGAACCGAUGAGUUAGCUUUUAGCCCACAGUGGGUGCUGGCUGGUUAGAGUAGGGCCAUCAUAUGGAGGCAACUCUUGCCUUAGCAGACCAAUAUAAAGACACGAAGAGUGUCCAGGUCUUCCUGCCUCUCUGCUCCAUAAGUGGAAAUAAUCAGUACAUAGAGCUGAGCUUAUGUAAAUUGUCUAAGAAUGGAGUAAAGGACCCGCUUUCUCCAUUAUAACUGCAUAACCUUGGAGCUCAUCUGGGUAGCCACAUUGCUUGAAGAUAAUAGGCCUGGAAAGACCUAUUUGUAUUUCUUCUGAGAUCGGACAGGAACUGAACCAGGCAAUAAUCAGCAUAAAU